GAAAAAUAUGAUGCAUGUACGUAUAUGUGUAUAUAUAUAAUAUGUCGCUGACGCGGUUAUCUUUGCUUCGACGGAUUAUCAGUCAGAUACGGGAGCUAAAACUCGGGGACGAGGAAACGCGAUGGUUUUUAACCGGUGGCUCAAGUAGCUAAGCGAAGAUCUCGGGGACCGCUCGCAUUUGUGUCCAAUCAUCGUUCUUGCAUAGUAGCUUCGCUCACGUGCCGCUCGACAGUUGCGUGUGAACGCACGUUGUUUUUUCUUUCCGACAAUUGUAUUUAAUGUAUAUACGUAUAUGCAUAAAGUGAGCGAUAAAUGAUUAAUUCGUAUUGAAUCAAAGGCUCAAUGCCCAUUGUGGUCGUGCGCGUUUGUCAUUCAAUUCAAUACACGAAGCAUGUAAUAACACGUGAAAUUCUCGUAUGCCGAGUUUCAUGCUGAAAUAAAAAUUACUACAUGCUAAUGAGCCAGUGAAUGGAAACAAAAAAUAUAUAAAUAACGCCGUUUAAAAUUAGCCUCAAAUUUUGGGAGCCAACGUGCACACUUAUAUAAAGAAAGUUAUCGGUGAAAAAGAAUUUCAAUAAGAUUGUACCGUCGUGAAAUCUCAGCUCUUUUAUACUUUCCGUCCAAGGGCAUUGCGGAUUUGGACAUGUCGGACGAUUGAGUGAGACAGUGUGAGAGAGAGAGGAAGAGAGGAAAAAACGUUUAGUUGCUCGAAUCUCGAAUCGUUAUUACGGUGCGAGUUGAGUUUACUCGAAGAUAGAAACGAGACUUAUUUAUAAUGGAUGGAAAACCACAGAUCGAGAAAAAGAAAAAUCCCAGGGAAAGUGCCAAUCCUCUCAGUAUUUUGACAUUCUCAUGGAUUCUCAAAACCUUCUGGGUUGGUUAUCGAAGGGAUCUCGAAAUCGAAGAUCUCACUCGACCUCUAAAAGAACACAAGAGCAGUGUUCUUGGUGAAAAAAUUAGUGCCGCUUGGGAAGCUGAGGUGCAACGGGUUGAAAAAAUUGAAUCCAGCCGAUCAAAAAAAAAAGGAACCAGUCAAAAUGCGGAAGAAGGAAAAAGUAAAGCGAGCUCGAGUGGACUCCAGCCGAGCUUGUUGAGAGUCUUGAUUAAAGUUUUUGGCUUCAAAAUUAUGAUUUAUGGUAUUGCUCUGGCCAUUAUGGAAAUUCUUCUUAGGGUUCUGCAGCCGUUGUUCCUGGGACGUUUAUUGCAAUUUUAUUCCGGAGAAAAUCCAUCAGCAACGGACGCUUAUCUGUUUGCGGGCGGCGUUAUAAUGUGCUCGGCGAUAAACAUUUUCGUCAUACAUCCGUACAUGAUGGCGAUAUUGCACAUGGGAAUGAAAAUGCGGGUUGCUUGCUGCACGUUGAUUUAUCGAAAAGCUCUGAAGCUUUCAAAAACAGCCCUGGGCGAGACUACGAUCGGACAAGCGGUUAAUCUUUUGUCAAACGAUGUCAACCGCUUCGACGUUGCUAUUAUAUUUCUUCAUUAUCUGUGGAUCGGACCACUCGAGACAAUUGUUGUAACGUAUUUUAUGUACCAACAAGUUGGACUUGCCGCCGUAAUUGGCGUCGCGUCACUCUUAAUGUUCAUACCGCUUCAAGCAUUUCUUGGUAAACGAUCUUCCGUCCUGAGAUUACGAACUGCCAUAAGAACCGACGAGAGAGUACGACUUACUAAUGAAAUAAUAACGGGUAUACAAGCCAUUAAAAUGUACACGUGGGAACACCCCUUCAGUAAUCUCAUUGAAAAAGCAAGAAGGCGCGAGAUCAGUGUCAUUAAAUCGACCUCGUACAUCCGUGGCGUUAUCAUGUCCUUUAUUAUUUUCACCACGAGAUUAUCCCUUUUCGUCACCGUACUCGCUUACGUUUUGGAUGACAAACACAUCACUGCCGAAAAAGUCUUUAUAUUGACGGCUUAUUACAAUAUUUUGCGACAAACGAUGACUGUAUUCUUUCCGCAAGGUAUAACACAAGUGGCCGAAGCGUUCGUGUCAAUCAAGAGGUUACAAAAUUUCAUGAUGUUCGAGGAAGUUAACGACAUAAAUGAGAAUAAAAAGACGAGCACUGGCUCUCCGCCUCCUGUUGUGGAAGAAAAAAAACGAGAAAAAGUACACACCGAGAAGCCCGUGACGGGAAGCCGUCGCGAGGGUACCGGUGGCGACGGUUCUGUCAUUCUUGAUCGUUGUUACGCCAAGUGGCUGAAUUCGGAUCGCGAAGAUACCCUACGUGCAAUUAAUUUCAAAGUCAAUCCAGGCCAGUUAGUCGCCGUCGUCGGACAGGUUGGAUCUGGAAAAUCGAGCUUACUGAAUGUCAUUUUGAAAGAAUUGCCUGUACGUUCGGGCAGUGUAGAGGUGAAUGGCCAUAUCGCAUACGCGAGCCAAGAGCCUUGGCUUUUCGCCGGUUCGGUGCGUCAAAACAUACUAUUCGGGAGAAAAAUGGAGCAGCGUCGUUACGAACAGGUCGUAAAAGUUUGUCAGCUCAAACGAGAUUUUACUCUCUUGCCUUACGGAGAUAAAACGAUAGUGGGAGAGCGAGGAAUUAGUUUGUCCGGCGGUCAACGGGCAAGAAUAAAUUUAGCGAGAGCGGUUUACGCCGAUGCACCUAUAUGCUUAUUUGACGAUCCUUUGAGCGCCGUCGAUGCUCACGUUGGAAAGCAUAUGUUUGAGGAAUGCAUAGAAAAGCACUUGAAAGGAAAAACCAGAAUUCUUGUGACGCAUCAGCUGCAAUUUCUCCGAAACGUUGAUUGGAUCGUUGUUCUCAAAGACGGUGCUAUACAGGCUGAAGGAACAUAUGAACAGUUGGCAGAAAUGGGUGUCGAUUUUGGUCGAUUACUGGAGGCUCAAUCGAAACAAGACGACAACUUGUCGGCGCCACCGAGUCGGAGCGUCUCUCGUCACACGAGCAUUACCUCACUAAGCUCGUUCAUGACCAAUGAAACUGGGGGCCAGCAGAACGAGCCUGAUGAGGUCGCCGAAAUGCGAACGAAGGGCAGCAUCGGCGGACACAUUUAUUCAUCGUAUUUGCGGGCUGGUGGCAAUUGGUUUGUUGUUAUUAUGGUUAUUUUACUUUGUGCCGGAGCCCAGUUAGCUGCUAGCGGUGGCGACUACUUUAUCGCUGAGUGGGUCAAUAUGGAGGAACGCGAGCAUGAGAAUAAAACUCUCGAAUCGGGGCUUGAAACAGAAAAAUAUGCGAGACCUUUGGAUAGAAACACUUGCAUUUACAUCUACAGUGGUCUGACCGUACUCACGAUAUUAAUUACACUCGUUCGAUCAUUCUCCUUCUUUGGGAUGUGCAUGAGAGCAUCGAUGAAACUCCAUGAUCGUAUGUUUCGGAAUAUCAGUCGUGCAACAAUGCGUUUCUUCAACACAAACACAUCGGGUCGCGUGCUCAAUCGGUUCUCCAAAGACAUGGGUGCUAUCGACGAAUUGUUGCCAAUAGCGAUGAUCGAUUGUAUACAAAUCGGUCUGUCACUUCUCGGUAUCAUAGUCGUAGUUGGCGUCUCAAAACCUUGGCUCAUGGUACCGACCGUGGUGAUUGGACUGAUUUUUUACUUUUUGAGAGUCGUUUAUUUGGCGACAAGUCGCAGCGUCAAGCGUCUCGAAGGAAUAACACGAUCGCCCGUGUUCGGUCAUUUGAACGCCACGCUCCAAGGCCUUGCUACAAUACGUUCGUUCGACGCUGCUGAAGUAUUGACCGAGGAAUUCGAUCACCACCAAGAUCUUCACUCGUCCGCUUGGUACAUAUUCAUCGCUUCAUCUCGAGCGUUCGGUUUUUGGCUGGACAUUUUCUGUCUGAUAUACAUCGCUCUCGUGACCCUGAGUUUCCUUGUGCUCGGCAACAACGACGAUCCUACUUCGACGCCUGGCGGAAAUGUGGGUCUCGCGAUAACUCAGAGCAUAGGUUUGACGGGAAUGUUCCAGUGGGGAAUGCGCCAAAGUGCCGAAUUGGAAAAUCAAAUGACGUCGGUCGAGCGUGUUCUCGAGUACAGCAAUUUGGAAAAAGAGCCGCCUCUUGAGAGCGCGCCGGACAAGAAACCAAGAGAGACGUGGCCCGAGGAAGGCAAAAUCGAGUUUAAACGUGUUUACUUGCGUUAUUCGCCGCUCGAUCCGCCCGUUUUAAAAGACCUUAAUUUCGCGGUUAGGCCACACGAGAAAAUUGGCAUUGUCGGUAGAACCGGGGCAGGUAAAUCCUCCUUGAUACAAGCUCUGUUUCGUCUUGCCGACAUCGAAGGUAGAAUCGAGAUCGACGGUGUUGAGAGCGGCGAAAUCGGUCUUCACGACUUGCGUUCCAAAAUCAGUAUCAUACCGCAAGAACCUUUCCUCUUUUCCGGCACCCUGCGAUCCAAUCUCGAUCCCUUUGACGCUUACGAGGAUAGUCGUCUUUGGGAGGCAUUGGAAGAGGUCGAGCUUAAAGAAAUGGGUCUUGGAGCUCACAUCAACGAAGGCGGCAGCAAUUUGAGCGUUGGUCAACGACAAUUGGUCUGUUUGGCUCGUGCCAUCGUACGCAACAAUCCUAUUCUCGUACUCGACGAAGCGACCGCAAACGUUGAUCCACGUACGGAUGAGCUCAUCCAAAAGACGAUUAGGCGUAAAUUUGAAAAUCGUACGGUACUUACAAUAGCUCAUCGACUGAAUACUGUAAUGGACAGCGAUCGAAUACUCGUUAUGGAUGCCGGUACUGUGGUGGAAUUUGAACACCCUCACGUUCUUCUGCAGAAUACAGAUACAGGAUUCCUCUAUAGUAUGGUUAAAGAGACCGGAAAAUCAAUGGCGGAAGCAUUGACCGAAAUAGCUAAAGAAAAUUAUUUACAGCGGCACAGUACAACGUCUCUUUAACGACAGACAGAAGCAUGCAAGAGAAAGACCGAUGAAUAUCGUCAGAACAUCGACCAAUGGAAAUUCUUCUCGUACGCCAAAGUCUUCGUGAUAUACGUCGAUUUCUUCGCGUAAUCUUGCAAGUAAUUUAUUUGGUUAUAACGCCCUCAUGCCCCGACACACUCAAAAGUCUGUUUUUGCGACUCACGUCAUUCUUUCUUGUCCUCCCAAUCACUUCAUUUUAUAAUAUUAUAAUUAAUGGAGAAAACUCGUUGACGACAAGUGCGUCGAGGCAUUUCGGCAACUGACAACUGUCACGUCGAGAGAUUAGUUCGCAAAAGCGCGGCAAACUCACACAACAGGCAGUAUUAUUUUAUCUAAUGCUUUUCUACGUAUGUACAUACACAUUACAUAUAUAAUAUUUAUAGAUGAAAACAGAUACAAUUUACGAUAAUACUGCAGUACUUAGAGAUAAUUGUAGGUUUUGCCAAAAAUGUGGCGAUGGAAAUGUGCUUGGAAGAAAAAACAAGGACAGACAACGAUAAUGUUCCCGUCGUUGACUUAUUGUUGAAAAUUCAAAUGCAUUAUUGAUAUACUAAGAAAAAGAGACGUAAUUGUUUAUCGUACUUUUGUACUGUUGAAUCGUUGUUCCAAGAAAUGAAAAUUGUAUUUUUCUAUCGUUGCGUUAUUUGCAACGCUUAUUUGAGUGAUAAUAUUACUUAAAUGGUGCUAUAAUUCAGGAGAAUGGAUGAAAAAAAAGGAAAAAGGCUUAUCGCCGGUGCGGCGUCUUGACACGAUCCGAUAUCGUUGAUCGUUCUGCACGUGUACUUACCGAAUUUUAUGCCCUGCUCUGAAUUUCAAGCCAAACUUACGAUUUUUUUGCUCACAGUGAGCUUGAAGGGCCAGAUUAUUUUUGGGUCGUUCUUCCAGUCGCUUCCAAGGCUAAGGUUUUGAAAACGGGGAUAGUUAAUAAUCCACCAGGUGCGAACUUUCCUAGAAAUGUUAAUUUUCAACUUGAAAUUUGCAGCUCGGCAUUGAUUUCACAUCGUCGAGAAUUUCGUCGACUAAUUUACUGAGUAACUUGGCGAUGGGCAUGGAAUAACUCGGGGCCUUAAAUAUACAAUGUAACUGGAGCAAAAAACAAAUUUCGUGCAUGAACUCUUAUCUGGUUUGAUUGUUACGAUCUACCAGGGUAAAAACUUCACGCUUUGUCCAAAGCGAAACAAAAAACUUAUUGCAAUGUUUCUUUAUUGAUUGAAGAAAAAACAACAUUGAAAAAGUUCCAGGUAAUAUAAGUUUUAAAAAUAUUUUGUAAUCCUAUUGGAAAAUGCCAUUUUCACGAUCGUGAUCGACAGUUUUUUCUUUUUUUUUUCUGUGGGAGCGUCAACUUGUUCUCUUCGGCAUCAAGCAUCUUUGCUCCUUUAACGUUAUUUUUGCUAUUGUCGUUUCACUAUUCCACGUCGUGAUAAAUCGUGUGACUUUUAGUGGUAAUUCAUUUGUUGUUUAACUGUUGAAAUUACCAUAAUUAUGGUGCGAGAUGAAUGAUAGAGUAUUUUAACCGGAAUCGAUAUACUCCGAUUUCUACCGAUUCAUCUUACAAAAAAGUGCCUAAACAAUAACAACAAUAAAACUGCGAAUGAAUAUUAUUGAAAUAUAGAUAUAUAAAUAUUUAUUUACAUAA